GAUAUAACCACCAACGAGAUGCGUUCCCUCAUCAUCAUUGCCCUGUUCGCCCUGAUUGCCGUGGCAGCUGCCCAAGGUGGCCGACGAGGUGGACGCGGAGCUCCUCAGGGUGGACCCCAAGGAGGUCCGCAGGGUGGACCUCAAGGAGGACCAGGACCUCAGGGAGGACCAGGUGGUCCUGGUGGACCUGGUGGCCCAGGUGGACCAUGGGGCCUGCCUCCUAAUGGCACUCUUCCCUGCAACAGCACCACCACCACAACCACUACAUCGACCACUGAAGCCACGACCUCAACCACCGAAUCCUCUGCUUAGUAAUGUAGGACUCGCGCCCAAUCUUAAAUCAAUUUUGGGCUUGUUCUUCAUCCUUUCCCUAUAUUAAUAAAAGUCUUUUCUGCAAAAAGUAAA